CCUGAAUAUAGCUGAAGGUCACUGACGAAAAACAUUAAGCCAAUUCUUACUCUAAGGAUAGUAAUAAGUUCCAGAGAUGUCUGAAGAGGGCCAUCGCAUGGAAUCAGAAGCAGGGCAAACGCUUCGAUUUGUCUCCUGGAAUGUUUGUGGGCUUAAGGUGAAAAUAAAUGGAAGACGAAAGUUAAACUUUGUUUUUGAAGAGCUCAAUAGACAAAAUGCUAAAAUUGUCUUUUUGCAAGAGACACAUAUUGGAAGUAAAAAUCACAAGAUAUUAAAAGAUAAGGCUGAGGCUUUACAAUGGAAAUGUUUCUUUACAGUCUAUGAUUCUCAAAGCAAGGGAGUAGCCAUCCUGAUUAAAGAAGAUGUUCCUUUCCAGUACUUUUGCCAUGAUGAAGAUUACAGUGGAGGGUAUCUUGUACUCUUCUGUCAUCUCCAUGGUGAGAUGUUUACUCUUGUUAAUGUGUACAAUCACAAAGAUGACAAAGAUGUACUGAACAGACUGCAGGAUUACUUGAGGGAAAUGGCUGAAGGGGUGCUUAUAGUUGGAGGUGAUUUCAACGAAGUUCUGGACCUUAACUUUGACAGAAAUUCUGCUGGAAAACAACUAUGUCAUUCACCACUGUGGGACCCAUUCAAGAAAUUCACCACCUCUCUAAAUCUUAUGGACACAUGGGCAUACAGUAAACCCACAGUUAGGGAAUUCACAUGUUCAAGGAUAACUGCUUCAUCUAGAAUAGACAUGUUUCUGUUGCCAGAAGACAUCAUAAAACAAGUAAGUGAUCUUGUAAUCAGCAAAACUGAAAGAAUAGAACUGGAGAGCACACGCAAUGCAAAUAUGAGGACGAAUAGGUCUAUCUCAGAUCAUGAGCCUCUAGUUUUGAGUAUGACUCUUAGUGAAGAGACAAGAAAAGGAGAAAUGCCACAAGUUGCGGCAUGUUUAGAAAAUGAAUAUACAUACGAUAGAGAUAAAAUAUCAGGAAAGAUUAAUGGGGAAGAAAUACUGAGUGUGAUCAAGUCUUUGACUGACUCUGGGCAGCAAUACAUUGAUGACAACAGUUUGCAAGAUUACAAGAAGCCUUACUAUCCAAAAACAGAAAUAUUAAAAAUACGUUUCAACUCCUGGCUAACAGGUAAAGAAACAUCUCCACAUUUCAAAGAACACACCAGUUCAACAUACUUAAAUCUGGAUUAUUUGAUUUUUGCAAAGGUCCUGGCCAAACGUCUAAAGAUGUUACUGGUCUGUGAGGAAAAGAACAGAAUAAAUACAAAAACCUGUUACAGUCUGGCCUUUUCAGAAAAACCGAUACACAUCAACUGGAGAUUCUUGAAGAUGUGCCUCUUAUUCCUGUGCGAACAUUGCAAGUCUAACAAGCUUAUCUCCCUAAAGGAUUUCAAUAUCCUAGAUUAUAUAAUUAAUGAGGAUACAGAGCAUUUCAGCAUUUUAGAGAGUAUUCUCCCUAAAAGCAGUAAUUCUGAUGAUCUCAGAGAGUUACAAGAGGGCUGUCCACUCACUACGGCCAUUCUCAGUUUGGUCCUGAAAUAUCUGGAGAUACGUUUGAGAAUUAAGUUCAAAUGCAUAACUAAUAUCUGCCACUACAGGCAAAUAUUAGUCUUCCAUCCAUAUCCAGAUGAUCCAGAUUUUAAAAUAAUGAUUGAAGAAUUUGGACUUGGAAUGAACCUUUCAGAAUUAAAAAUGAACUAAAACAAACUAUUUUUAGUCACAACUGUUCUUUGUAGCUGUCUUCUUUACAUAUAAAUAGCAACACAAAAGCAGUUCUGGGUUUGAAUGCAAACAUCAGACACACCCAUUAUUACUUGAAUAGUGAAACCAGCUUUUAUACUAUUUUCUGUUUAUUUGUUAAAAUAAUUACGUAAGUUGUAAAAUGUAAUGAAUAAGAAAAAAUAUAAGUAAUAGAAGCAAUACGUACUGUAAUGCAUCUCUUUUUGUUUUGUCAUAGAGAGUUUUAAUGAAAUGUAUAGAUAAAUGGUUCUGUGUGCCUCUAUGUAUCAUGAUCUUGAGAAUUUUGUAUGAUUUUAAUCUGAAGAACCAAGAAGAGUUAAAUCUAAUGAUGUUUGUCACAAUUUGUUAACCCCACUGGGCAUUUGCAGUGGUAAAAAAAUUAAACUUUGAUUUGUCUAUGUACAUAAUGUAAUUGAAAAUUAGAAGGUGUAAAGUUUUUUUUAAACAGCAUUAUGUUGUACUUUAUAUAUAAUUUGUUCAAUCAUUAAGGAGAAAAAAUCAAUUAAAUGUAUAGAUAUAUUGUACUGUAUGUAUCCCUCCUGAUCUUGAGGAUUUUCUAUUUUAACCUGAGGAACUAUACACACACAUUGACUUGAUUCAGUGCAAUGGAUUUAUAAAUUUCUAAUGAACUGCA